AUGCGUCUCCCAUAUACCUCCAACCCCCCCGCGACGUCCAGCAGCGAGGAAGCCGCCAUCCUCCAGCGAGUUCAAACACGGCGAGGCGAAAACGGCCUGCUCCCUCUCGACCUCACUCUCCUGCACUCGUUCCCCGUGGCGGAUGGCUGGAACUCGUUUCUGGGCGCCAUCCGCACCCGCACCUCCAUCCCCGCAGACAUCCGUGAAAUGGCCAUCUGCAGAGUUGCCGCGAUCAACAAGGCGUGGUUCGAAUGGGAACAACACUACCCUCUGCUGAAAGCCGCUGGCGUACCGGACGAAGCACUGGAACUGAUCAAGCAGGACCAGUGCGAUGAAUCGGCAUUGUCAGCGGUGUUGAGCAAGGAGCAGCUGGCAGUGUAUAAGUAUUCGAGCGCCAUGACGAGGACAGUGAAGGUUCCUGACGAGGUGUUUGAUGAGCUGAAGGCGUUGUUUAGCGAGAAGGAUGUCGUUGAGAUCACGGCUACGACUGCGGCGUAUAACUGUGUGAGCAGGUUCCUGGUUGCUCUGAACGUUGGGGAGAUGAAUGAGUGA